AUGCGACAAGGUGCAGCGUUUAUCAGUGAGGUCACCAGAUUAACUAGUUGGGUUGGAUCUCUGUUAGUGAAUCAGUCCCAAGUGGAACAAAGAAUGAUGCACAUUGCCAGUAACCACGUCACACAGGUUAGUGGUGAUGUCAGCUAUGUGUCUCAUGCUAGGGUGCAAGGGAGUGUUGUGGCACGUGGCAGAACGGAAAAUCACGUGGAUUUUCGUGCACAAAAUGAUGUUAAAUUUAUGACGAGAAGUCAAAGCAGUCCGGUUACUUAUCAGAUGGCACAAUCCAAAGGAAAGCAGCCAAAGAAAAGUAAAAAUUCAAAAGUGAGUGCUGGCGCCACAUCUCUAAGCCCUCCUCAGGCUACUAGUUCAGAUCUCAACUGGAGUCCCAUUCCAAAAAGGCAUUCAUCUGCACCCAGCAACCUCUGUGUUGCCCUCUACUGUGAUGACGGAUGGGACGAAGAAUGCGAAGAUAUACCGGUCAGGGUAGAAGCACAAGCCUCGUCGAGUCAGUCGGUUCGUCCCCGUUUACCAAUUUUCGGCUCUCCGAAAUUCAGCCGGCCGUCUGUGAGGAGCCUCACAUUUGCUGAUGAGCAAAUUGAUGACGAUAUCCCAGAUACCACAUCACUCACACCACCCCUGAGUCCUGCGCUACAGUUACGUCCGUACACCAACCCGAGGGACACUCCAACUCGUCAUCCUCCUCUGCUUCACAGUCCUUCUCAUCGUUUAGCACCCAUCCCGGCGCACGAUCUCACGCUAGACUCUCUGCACGAUCUUAACUGGUUACACGAGAUGGAGCCUGACGAUCAAAUUGUUCUCGAGGUUCACGUCAUCUGGUCUAUCUUAACUCUGAUGGUUGUGCUGUUGGCUUGUUACACAUUGCACCAUCAGCCUCUCACAGGGUGAAACAGAUAGCAAUAUGCAAUGAAAUGGUGGUAAAUGGUUCUGUAUUUCCUCAGCGAUGCCAACGUUUGAUAAAAUACACUUACAAAUAGAAAUGUCAGAUACAACACUUAUUUCUACUUGUAUAGUUCUGUAUGUAAGGUUGUUGCAUACGUACUGUAAUUACAACAUACAAAUGAGAACUACAUUUGACUGCCCAUUUUAUAACAUUGAUUAAGUAGUAUUUAGCAAUUUUCCUACUGUAAGGCUCUGGUUGAAUGACAAACAAUACUAUUCUACUAUAACAAAAAACAAACAAAGACUGUUUUGAAAAUCUGUCAUUGGAAAGUACUGAUAAAGAUUUAAGCUUUUUCAACAAAAUUAUACUUAAAUUCUUGAGUAGUAAAGUAGGUUGAUCUGUACGAUUCGUAGCUUAGAUUUAUAAUUGGGCACUUUUGAAUCCUGUACCUUCAUGUGAACUUUCAAAACCAGUUAAAACCAGUUAAUUUUGUGCUUCUGAUUUCAUCUUGGAGAAAGUAUUCCAAGAGGACCUGCACGUACAGACGCGUGUCCGGCAUUGUAGCAUGAAAGGGUUUGAAAGAGUUAUGUCAAACAAAUGUAAACAAAGGUUUAUUUUCAAUAUGAUUCUUAGUUUAGGUGAUCCAUUUCACUGGAUAGAAUCUGAAAGUGAGGGAUGAUGCUGCAUGCAGUGUACUGAAGGAGAUCUCAGGAUGUGGUGGUUGUCGGAUUUGCUUAGAGUUUGUAUUAUUAUAAGACGUCUUAAUAUAUUUAAGCGAGUGCUUUUUCAUGAUAUUGAAAAUUUAUUUUGAAAUUGAUAGUUGCUUUUAUUUUUGUGAUAAUUACUCUAUUGGCUCUACCUGUUGUUGAUUAACUUAAAGUGUCAAAUUUAUAACGACACGGACUUACAGGUUACCUGAUCAGUGUGGUCUUCUCAGUGAUAUUUCAUGGAGAAUUUUAUUUCUUCCAAAUGGCCAUAACUGAUAGUGAACAGGAACUGAACCAGAAUAAUUCUGUAAACAUGGCUGCCAUGUCAUACCUAUUCUAAUGUGUUUUACAAAUGCUGUGGGGUUUAGAUAAAAGUGAAUAGUUGACAUUCUUAAGUACAUUCUGUUGACAUACUUUUAACCCAGUAUUCAAAAAAAGAUCCAAGUUUUUAGAUAUCCAGUCUUGUGCAGAGGGGUGUCAAGCAACCAUCUCAUGUUUCUACGAUUCUCCAAGUAAUGUAGGUAGACCCAGGCAUGCAGAAUCAAAGUGUGAAUAUUAGGUUUUUCCUGAGAAUUUUCUAGCUAAUUUUUUUUUUUUUUUUUUUUUUACAAUGCAAAUCCUUUCCAGGAAUUUCUCUCCAUUCCAGAUUUUGACCAAUUUGUUAGUAAUUUAUUGAGGCAAGCUAAAGAACACUGAGUCUUGUUUUCACAUGGGAUUUUUUAAGUCUUCUUUGAUAGAUGGGCCAUCCGUACUUAUUUCUGAUGUCUACUUUGGUUAGAAAAGAAAUAUUUCAGAAUAGGCAUUCUUAGAGCAUUAAUUUAUUUCAGCAGCACCCUCUUUUGCCCUUUUCGUCUUUCGAUUUACUGAUGAAUGUAAAUAUGUGCAAAGACAAAUGGAGGUCUUGCUAAGCCUCAUGCUUCGGUAUGAAGUGGAUGACCACCGAUUAAAACGAAGAGCCUGUAAGGCUAGGGGCUAAGAUAUCUUCCUAAUGUGGGAUAAGUCGUCCACAUUUCUCAUCCCCAUAAUUCAGUAGAAAGCUUGGGUCUGAAUUCGUACAUCAAUAUAGUAUCUACUUCUAAGAUUUCGAGUCCUUCCAAGCAGCUGAUCCCCACUGAAUCUAUUCUUGAUAUUUUAGAAACCGAUGUGCAGUGGAGACAUGCAUUUAAAAAAGUGUUCAGAAAGGGAGAAAGUUUUCAGGUUAUAUUUAAUCUCUAGUCAGUCUUCUGGAGCUUUCUCACCUCUUCCACUUCUUCUCACAGCUUUGGUAUUGUUUCUUACAUUAAGAGAUUAAGCUACCUAAGCACUACAUUUAUGAAACCAUAAUAUAAUGCCCUUUUGGGGGCACCAUUAAAACCAAGAAAUACCCCCAAUUGACAAUAAGCACUACAGCAGUUCUCUUCACUGAGCAAACGUAAUGACUAGGCACUCGACACGCUUCAAACCCUGUCAUGACUAGACGCUCGACACUUGACACUCUUCAAACCCUGUAAUGACUAGACACUCAAUACUUGACACUCUUCAAACCCUGUAAUGACUAGACACUCGACACACUUCAAACCCAAGGCUUAGGUUUUGAUUAAUAGGAACAAGCUUGUCAAGGAAGAGGGUUACUGGUCAUGAGUUUGAGAUAGUAUUUGGAAAGGGAAUUUUUGUUGAUGUUUUUUUAUGAUGAAUGGAAUUAUUUGGGUAAAUUACAGUAAACUUAGAUUUAUAUUGUUUUUUUUAGAAGAUCCAGUUUCAUAUGAAUAAUUUGCUACAAUACUUCUGGAUUACAACAUUCGCUUAAGUAACAUUUUUACAUUUAUCCUAAUUUAAUAGGUCACACAGAAUCUUGUGUGGAGCUAAAAUGAAUUGCACGUUAAUCUAUUUUUAUUCAAUGCUCAAAGUCACUACAGAAUGUGACACCUUCUAAGAAUAACUGCAUUUGUUAUUUGAAAGACACAAACACAAACAGGAUACCAUGUUGAUUUGUUCUAUAGCUUUAUCUUAUGAGCUUGUGGCCAUUUAAAUAGAUUUACUUGAGUGAAUAAGAGCUAUGCUUCUCCAUUCCCAGUUAUCAGGAGAUCCAUUUAUUUCCUGUUGUGGCCACAACUGACUACUGUUUUAUCAUUCUUAAUUGCAGUCCUUAUGAUAAUCGUAACCCAGUAUACUACAAGAUGGUUAUGUAUGUAUACAGCUUAAACUCUAGUACGUACUUCACUUUCAUAUAGCACAUUUGCUAGUCUACGUCAGGCUUCAUAUUGAUUAAAUAUACGUACUUAUAUGCAUACUUAAAUAAUUUUGUGCACAUACACUAGGUAAAUACAAGGGUCUUGAAACUGGCUUGUUAAUUUUGUACUAUAUUUUAUCUAACGGUUUCAUUAAUCUUGUCAAGGUUUCUGCAAGGUAACUGAAUCUAAAGAAUUUAGUGAAACACCAGGAAAAUCAUAUUUUGGCUCUUUCCAUUAAUUUCAUUUUACUUGAACUGUGAAAUUUUGAAGACCUAUCUUUCCUCACUACUAGUUACUACAUACAGAGGACCCUUGCCUGUUCCCGGUUCAGGAUUCACAGCUCCACCGAUCCGAAGAUUUUUCUGUGGAACAUAAAUCGAAUUUUUCGUAGAGAAAUAUUCACUGAUUAUUUUAUUUUCAUAUAAUUUUCGUGAGUUAAAUGCAUUUUUUGUGAUAAAACUAUUAAAAUAGUCAGUUAUAAGCAUUUUCAGCAUUAUUGGAGGGGGCCUUUGGUGUUUGAACUAUUAAAUUACAGUUAUAAGCGUUUUGAGAUGGGUGCCAAGCAUUCGCCAAUUUUAAUGAUUCACGAGGGGUUGUGGAACCUCUCCCCCGCGAAUCCUGCGUGUCGACUGUACAUCUAUUUUGCUAAUAAUCUGAAAAAUAUAACAUUUUAUCUCAAAUCUUCAUUUAAAAUGGGGUUUUACUUGGAAUUCAUAAGUUCAGUACUAUAUUGUUUUAUUAAUUAUUUUAAAUACUGGUUGGCCCAUAUUGUCAAAGAAGAAAAGUCUUUAUGUAUUACCUAUCUGUAGUAUUAUAGCUAAUAUUUUUGUGUACAUGAAAAGUUUGACCCCUUUUUGAUAGCCAAGUGAAAGGUGAGACUUACGUUGGAUGCGUAGUUUCUAAUUAAUACAGUUUAUAUAUAUAGUGUCGAGCCACCUUCCUGACCCUAAAGGAACCCUCAAUCUUAUCUAUUUUCUUCUCUCAGCUCUUAACAAGUGGAAGAAAGCUAGGUCUCAUAAACAUUACUGUGGUUCAUUGAUCCCAUCAUAUCACAGGUACUAUUAUGGUAGCAGUAGGGAAAAAUGUCCCAGGUGUGGGAGGAGCCACUGGAGAGUAACUGCCUCAAUUCCGUUAUCAGAGAUGUAUAGUUGUUCUGGUGAAAUAAGUUACGGCUUCUUGUACACCCUUCCGCUCUUCCCUUUGUGCCGUCUGGUUUGAUGUUUGGGUGAUAAAGUCAUCACGAACUUGAACGUGGAUUGAUCGAUCCUGGGAGAACCUGAGUGAGGGUCAUACUGGAAGACUUGCCUCCUCACCCACAGAAGUCGAGUAACUGGCAGUGCAGUGAUGUGACACGAACAAGGUGUGCUACACGUGCCCCUCAGUAUCGCACCCAAUCUCAGCAGACUUACAGUUGUUCAAAGCACUGAGCAUCAGUCAUGUAUUACUUAGUUCUACUUGGGUAGCAUUUGGUAUGAGCAGUUUUUUUCCUCUGCUGGUAGGGCCUCUUUGGAGAAUGGAAGUCUGUUAUGGAGGAAAGGACAUCAUUUAUUUCAUAAGCAAAAUUUCCAACAAAAUGAUGAACAAGCAACAGUAACAAAUACCAGAUAUGGAUACCCAUCCAAACCAAAUGAAAAAUCCAGAUGCACCUCAUUAAAGUGACAGUAACAAUAGAGGCAAGAAAAGAUGCUUCAGAGCUAAUCCAACCCUGAUACAUUUUGACAGCAUAGUUGAAAAAGAAAACUGGUCAAGAUUCCUUGCACUGGGAGCGAAGGAGAAAAAGCCAAUCCUACGGUAAUGUCAGACGCAAAAGGGGGGUUCUUACUACAGAAAUUUAUAUGGAUACAAAGUCAGCUGAAACAACCAUUAGAACCCAAUCCAUUAUUCAUCAAAAUAUCUAAGAAAUCAAGGGUAUAAAUGUUACAUUAACUAGUCAUGACAUACUUAAUGUAACUACAUACUUAACAUCUAGGAACUGGUAAUACAGCAUUACCCCAUAUCCAAGUGGAGGAGUUGCUUGAAAACCAAUUUUAUUGUAAUCACUAAAUUUAUGAUCCAAACUUCAAUUAAAGAGAACUUUCUUGGCAACAAUGUCUGUCUAAGCAUUCUGUGCUCGAUGUGUUAUUUCUACUGCUCUAUUGUAAAGUCUAACGAGAGGUUUGAUCUAUAGAACGGUCUGACCAACUGUCAUAUAGUCAUACAAUACAAAAAAAUCAUGUCCACUUGCCUGUGCACAAAUGGAGGAAUGGCGAGUACUAAUUAUCUGAAGAAAAAAAUUUUAAUGUGCUGUUUUGCCUUUGGUAAAACAAAUGUACUUUGUAUAAACUAAGGGAAACUUAAGCACUGAAGAUCAUAGAUAGUGUUCUUGAUUUUGAUUUGAGCUAAUCAACACUGAUUGUGGCACUUAUCAUGAUUUUCAUAUUGAUACGCAUUGAUCGCAAAUCUGUCAAAAAACUGGCAAAAGUGUUGCUUUAGGGUACAGGUGUGACAUACUAGCAACAGUUCCUCAUUGACACUGAUGAUACCAUUGUUAUCAAAAGCAUUUGGAUAUCAAACUCUGCCCAAGAAUGAGUAAUAAACCCCUGGAAAACUGUGUCCUGUCCAAAUGUUAGAUUUCUAUCCCUUCUAAAAUCAUAUCACAGCAAUUCAGAGACCCAUCUACGGCUGUCUUGUCAUGCACAAGUUUUUGCUUAAUUCUGCUAACAAAUGGACAAACUAAUAUAAGUGUUGUCAUCCACAGAGCUACACUGAUGUUACUGUGACACUUUUGGUCCCAUCAGGAAUGUUUCCAAGCCCAAAAAAUUUAUAAACUUGGUCUAGUUUUUAAUGCUGCUGUUGAGGUGGCUCCCUUACAACCUCCACACUGAAGCUGUGUGUCUAGGAAUUAUCCAGUGAUUCUUCAAACAGGAGCUUCUGCAAGAUAAUUAUAAAUUAACAUUGGCUGUCAGUCAUUUGCAAGUGCAAUCCAGAAAUUUUCACGUGUCUCACAGGGGCUCUUCAGCUAGCAAUACCUCAGGAGGCCAAGGUCAUUCACAUCCAGUACUGCACCUUUUAAGAUCAUUUGCCAGGGAAUUAUGUUUUGACUGAGGGAAGUGAUCCAUAGAGCAUAGGGUUUCUUGCACAUCGACACACUACAUAUGAAAAAUGUCUCAUGACCACAAUGUUGAUUGCAGGGUGUUGGAGAUGCUACUCAUCUUUUGCUUUUCUUUUCACUAUGUAUGUCACUCAUCACUUUGUUAGCACAUCUCUUAUAGGACUAAUGGUUGCAGGUAGGCAGAUUGUUAUGAGUUAGUCCUAUCAUCUUCCGUCUUCCUUUCACAACUCAUUUCUUGAGCAGUGAGUAACGUAGCCACUUGCGUUUGCUCUAAUUCUCGAAAGCUUUUCCUAAAUACCUCAGAGACGAACUACUUUUGAGUGAGCAUAUCUCAGGUGCUUAGAUCCCAGAGUAUACUACAGAUCUUUUCAUUAAGAUUUUUUGAAUUUUCAUGACCACCUUCUCUUUGCAUAUUCAGUUGGACUGAAUACUGAUGAGCCUCGUGUUCCAAGACUGCAGACCACUUGACCAACCAGGGAAACUUUCUUCCAAACCCCACUGUUGACAUCUGUUACUAGUUUCAGCACACAAAUGACAUACUACUACAGUGACCAAGGGUACUACUUCCAUGUGGGAAUGACAGACACUCCUCUUCUUUGAAGAAGAAUCUCUCCAUCCUGACCCCGGCUCAGCGGCAACAUUGCAGGUCAAGUGCAUAAGUAAAAUGAUAACAAGAAUCUGAUGAAACAAAAACAAUUCUAAAUUCUGCAUUUCUAAAGAGGCUGCUAUUAGCUUACGAGUAUUUACUCUUUUAAAAGUGUGUGGUUGGUCCUUAUAAUAAUAAAGGUUUCCUGAAAUCGGGUUAAAACAGCAAAGAAUAGAUGUCACAUUGGGCAAAGAGCAAGACUUUAACAGUUAUUGAUGUUAGUCACAUGUAACAAACGUGUUUAGGUUGCCACAAAUUAAAGUUACAGUUCUGAAAUAAAUUUCUUGUUAUUCAUAUGUCGAACGUUGAGGAUGGCUGAAUGGUUUCUAUUUCACUUGAUUGUGUUUCUUGCAUUACAAUAGUACUGUGUUAUUCAUGAUUUACACAAGUCUUGCCACAAAACUUUUAAAUGGGAAAAGAAUGGCACGGGACACCGUCAUAAUCAAAAUUAAAGUAAUGUGAAAAUUUAUGCUUAAAUUACUAUCUGGAUUUUCCCACACAUCUUUCUCACUUGCCAGAAUGCAGGGAAGGUAUCACGGAGAUGGUAAUAAAGUACUAAAUAGCCAGUGUUUGUAGACGCAGCGAGUUUUGAUAGAAGCGUAGUGAAAGCUUAGCUAGAUAUGUAGUACCAUACUCUGCUCCACCAUGGGAAGUAUUGUAGUGCCGUUUUGGGGAGCGACGUCUAUUCCGUGUACGCGAUGAAGGAGGUGGGUCAUUCCAAUGCUUGUUCGUCCCUGUUAGGCGAAAAGUAGCUCUCUGCUUCGCUCAGGCCCCAAAGUUUUUGAAUUGCCCGUUGUCAGUUGCGCGAAGCACUUCUUGUAAGCUCCUUGUGAUAAUUUCUUUUUUUCCACUUUGUUUUCAGCACUGUGUAUGAGAAGAUAUGUGAUAUAAUAGUAAUAUUUUCUGUGACGUGCAGUAUGCAGUGCACCAAGUGUAAGUGUAUGAUACACCUUUUGCUCAGCAUUUCUUUUUUUCUUUUUUUACUGAUUUCAGUAUUCGAGUGUCAUAUUUUUGUCUCUCUAAUGUCAUGCAAGUAUAGAAAUAUUUCUCAUUAGUGUAUUUUGCAAUACAUAGUAGCACUAUAUUACAAUUAGUCAAAUAUAUUUUUAUUGCCAUAUUUCUCUUGGAUGUUAAAUUUAAAAGGUCUUUUUGUAAAUACAAGAAUCUCCAAAGAUAUUUAUUAUUAAGUCUAUUGAUAUCACUGAUCACAAGAACACUUAUCAUUUUUACAUUUUAAGACACUUUUUUGGAUGUUUUGCUAAAAUAGUCCACGAACCAGGGUAACAACGGUCUGGAAGAUGUUGUUGGACUCAUCCGAUUCAUGCAAUACGUUGCUGCCAUGUAGUACUACGUUGUCUUACGGAGGUAAGACUCUCAUGCUCCGGGCAAUGCACUGCUGCGUCAGAGAGAGCAGGAAGUUCAUCUAUUUUUCAUUCAAAAGAAAGUAGUCCUGACUGAGCAGCUCUGCAUCUCCCGGAACGCCCUAGACCUACGUAGAAGUAAACGAAAGGCUUUAGAUGCACGAUGUAGUGAGAUGCAGUCUUUGAAAUUUUUAUUUUUUUCACAACAGUAUUUCUCUUCAAAUAAAAGACAAAGAAUGCAACAGCUAGUCAUUUUUCUCUCUUGGUAAAUGAGGUUGGCCAAGCAAUAUAAGCUUUAUAUUUCGGUGCCAAAAACCUUAUUGUUACGUCUGUCUUUCCUGUGGCAAAGGAACCUCUGAUCUUGAGCAAUGAAUUCUGUGAAUACAUUUGUGUAGGAUAUGUAACACUGCAGGAGUUUGUUUUGAUUAUUCGUUGCAACUGCAGACAUUAUUUUGUUAUCUUCUUAACUACCUCUGACAUGUUUUUUUUUUUUUUAAUGCAGACCCUGUGGAGAAUGGUUGAGUGUUAUGUUUCAAAUAUAAUUGUAGAAUUUAAGGAAGAAACUUGAACAUUAUACUUUUUUACUUCUCUUUUAUUUGGUGCACUUGUGUUGUAAGUUCAAAGGAUUAUUUCAUUGUUCGUCUUGACCAACUUGUUUGGCAUUACAUUUUCACAGAUGCUUUCUAAUGGGUAAGCCACAAUUAUACGAAAUAUUUUCAA